CUCUCUUUCUUUUACUGUGUGUGUUUCGGAUGAAAUCUCGAAGUUUAAUGAUGUUUUUGUAGGUGUCGGCAUAUCUAUACUGCAUCAUCAUAUAUUUGGACAUAGAAUUUAAUUAUGUCUUCUGCUCAAGACCCUUUUUACAUUGUCAAAGAGGAGAUUCAGGGUUCUAUUGAUAAGUUGCUCUCAACAUUUAACCAAUGGGAGCGAAUGCCGUUAGAGAGUGUAGAGCAACUGCGUCUCACUAAGGAGCUUCUUUCUGGAUGCGAGACCGUUGAAUGGCAGGUGGAUGAAUUGGACAAGACAAUUGACGUUGCAGCGAGGGAUCCUGCUUGGUAUGGUAUUGAUCAAGCAGAGCUCGAUAAACGAAGAAGAUGGACUAGCAAUGCUCGUAAUCAGGUGAAGAAUGUUAAGAAAACAGCGGUUAUUGGAAACGAGUCGAAUGGGACGAGCACCUCAAAUGUCAAUGGAAUGCGGCGUGAACUCAUGAGAGUGCCGAAUCCACAUCAAACUGAUAAAUCGAAUCAGUACGCUGCUGCUCAAGAGAAUGAUGAUUACAUAUCAUCUGAAUCGGACAGACAAUUACUUCUGAUAAGGCAACAGGAUGAAGAGCUAGAUGAGUUGAGUGCAAGUGUCGAAAGAAUAGGAGGCGUUGGGCUCACAAUACACGAGGAGCUUCGUGCUCAGGAGAAAAUCAUGGAUGACUUGGGCAAUGAAAUGGACAGCACAUCAAAUCGUCUAGAUUUCGUUCAGAAAAAGGUUGCGAUGGUAAUGAAGAAGGCUGGUGCAAAGGGUCAAUUUAUGAUGAUCUUGUUCUUACUAGCUUUGUUUAUCAUUUUAUUUGUGCUCGUCUUCUUCACAUAG